AUGGGUUUCCGCUUGCCUAGAAUUGUUUGUGCCAAGCAGAGGCUAACACGGACUCUUUCAUUUUCAGAGAACACACCAGUUUCCAAAGGCCACUUUGCUGUUUAUGUCGGAGAAGCUCAAAAGAAAAGAUUCAUUGUCCCAAUUUCAUUCCUAAAGGAUCCUUCCUUCCAGAAUUUGUUGAGUCAAGCUGAAGAAGAGUGUGGAUUUAAUCAUCCUAUGGGUGCUCUUACAAUCCCCUGCAACGAAGAAGCUUUCAUUGAUCUCACCUGCAGUCUGCAAAGCUCAUGA